UGAAACGCUUCAGAGAACCAAAGCAUGAAAGACGUCCCUGGAGGAUAUGGUUUUUAGAUACAUCUAAGCAAGCCAUAGGAAUGUUGUUCAUCCACUUUGCAAAUGUCUAUUUAUCAGACCUUACAGAAGAAGACCCUUGUUCACUGUACCUUAUCAACUUCUUGUUAGAUGCCACAUUAGGAAUGCUGCUGAUCUACGUUGGGAUAUGUGCAGUCAGCAGCAUUGUGGAAUGGCAGCAGUGGGACUCCCUUCGCUUCGGUGAAUAUGGUGACCCAGUGCAGUGCAGUGCUUGGGUGGGCCAAUGUGCUCUGUACAUAAUGAUUAUGACAUUUGAGAAAACCAUCAUCAUUAUAGUGCUUCUUAUACCUCAGUGGAAAGAGGUAGCUUUAUUGAAUCCUAUAGAGAACCCCCAGCUGGAGCUGGCCAUCGUCAUGCUGAUAGUUCCCUUCUUUGUUAAUGCAUUAAUGUUCUGGGUAGUAGAUAAUUUUCUUAUGAAAAAAGGGAAGACAAAAGCUAAACUUGAAGAAAAGGAAGCAGGACAAGAUUCAAGAAAUGGAAGUAAAGUCCGAUACAGGAGAGCAGCAUCACAUGAAGAAUCAGAGUCAGAAAUCCUUAUUUCAGCAGAUGAUGAGAUGGAGGAAUCGGACACUGAAGAGGACUUGCGUAGACUGACCAACUUAAAGCCCAUUAAGAAGAAAAAGCAUCGUUUUGGUCUGCCUGCACAAGCACAAUUCACUCCUGUGAAAAAGAAGCGUCCUCCAGUAAAGGAAGAAGACCUCAAAGGAGCCAGAGGAAACCUUUCCAAAAACCAGGAAAUUAAAUCCAAAACCUACCAAGUGAUGAAGCAGUGUGAACAAAUGGGCUCUGCAGCACCCUCCAUAUUCAGCCGGGAUCGGACAGGGGGUGAAACGGUCUUCGAGAAACCGAAAGGCGAGCCGGCCAAGAGCGUCUUUGGCUGA